ACAAUAAACAACUACUUACGCCAGUGUGAUCUCAAAACUAUUACAAUGAUGGCCACUGUUAAAUUCUUUCAAUGGUUUCUAACUAGCACGAUCGUUCUUUUAAUAUUACUCCAAUAUGCUAAUUCAACAAGGAACAAUAGUGAUGAAGUUCAAUAUAAAAGAAAUUUUAAAGAUAAUCCUAUCAAAGACUUAUUAUUUUACGGAGAUCAAACAGAUAAGGCUGGAAAAACACACAUCAUAAUUAAAAGGCAAUCGGACAAAUAUCGUUACACCCCGCGUCCCCUACCAUUACCUAUAUUAGUUGGAGGAGGUGGGAUUGGAGGAUUUGGUAGAGUAGUUGGAAGAGGGUUUGGUGCAAGAGGUCCUCCCGGUAGAGGAUUUGGGUCCAGAUCUGUCGGAGCUAGAGGAUUUGGCGCAAGAGGGUUGGGAGGACGAGGAAUAGGCGGACUUGGUGGAAGAGGUCGAGGAUAAUAA